UCAGUGUAUCAUUUAACUGGAGGUUCUGGUAAAUCAAAUUACAUCAACGACAAAGUUAUUGCGAAUCGUUUUUGCACUCUCUUAGCUUCUUGUGUUUGUUUGAUUGUUGCAUGACACUAUAUAGCUCGGUCCGUAACGCUUUCACGUGAUACAUUUACUUUUAUUUAUUUUGUGUUAUUUUCAUCUUCUUUUUGGUUUGAGGACUGAAUGCAAAAUGUAUUCAUUAAUUGAAGAUAAUCGCUGGUAUAUCAUCAACUAGUGUAAAGAAGGUCCCAUCAAGAUCCUACGGGUAGGAUAAUACGGUUCGCUGUACUCACGUAACAAUUAGUGCCUUCAAACCAAAUAAAAAGAUGAAAAUAACACAAAAUAAAUAAAAGUAAAUAUUUCAUGUGAAAACAUUACGGAUCGAGCUAUCACACUACACUGUCGUGCAACAAUCAAACAAACACAAGAAGCUAAGAGAACGCAACGACGAUUAGCAAUCAUUUUGUCAUUGAUGGUAUUCGUGUGCUUAAAGAAGCAAUUGUAAAAGUUGAAAAAAUGUUCCCCGAUGUUUAUUUGAAAUCGGAUCGGAGAAGAAAAGCAAGAAGCAUCCUCUAUCAUAUCAGAUUUAUCUUUAUUAGAGCUUAGAAAACAUUCAUCGUAAAAUAAUAUAUUGAUACAUAGUGAAGCAGAUAAUGUAUUACACAGUUAUGAAGUGUUUGAUAGUGGAAAUGUAAAAUAUUAUGCUGAAGCUGCACUAAUCAUGAAAAUAUUUGAUGGUAUUAAAGAUAAAACUCGAUCAACUGGCAAUACAAAUGUUACAAUUACACGUGCCAAUGGUUAG